AUUUUUUCUGUUGUUAAAUAUAUUUCAAUGUUAAAUGAAAAAAGUUUCCCCUAAUUAUUUUUUUUCUUGUAUGACCCAUUGCAAGAUCAAAGAUUAAUUAGCUAUCGUAACUUAUAGUUUAUUGCUACUGUUGAUAACAAUAUAGAAUAUUUCAAACUGCUUAUAUCGUUUCAAUAAAUAUUCAAUGCUUUCUCAGUUAGUUUAUAACUAUACAAUUUCGUGUGUAGUUUACUUAAUUAAAAGAAAUAAUUUUUUAAUAAACAAUUUUUUUUAAAUUAAUUAUUAUUUACAAUACUUAUUUUUUAUACAAUUCUUUUUUAUUUUGAAUUUUGAAUUUACUGAAUACGAACUAAUUAAUUAAUAAAUAAAAUAUAAUACGUGGGUUUUAUUUUAGAAUAAUGAAUUUAGUAAAUACAGAUUCAAAAAAGAAGGUGAGGGUCUGUGUGAUUGGCAGUGGAGCUGCUGGAUUAUGUGCCUUGAGGCAUUUAUCAUCAGAUUUGGAUUAUUUCGAACCAGAAGCUUUCGAACAAACCGGAAACAUUGGUGGAAUUUGGAUUUAUACGGAAAAAAUUGGAUUAGAUGAAAAUGGUUUUCCAAUUCACACAAGCAUGUAUAGAGAUCUUAGAUCAAAUGCGCCUUGUGAAUUAAUGAAUUUCCCAGAUUUUCGGACCAUGAAAGGGAAUAAAGGAAGUGGAGUUCAUCGAGAAAUACUAUUGUCAUAUUUGCGCGAUUACGCUAAUCAUUUUCAAAUUCUUCAUUUCAUUAAGUUUUUCAAAAAAAUAGAAGAAGUUCGUGCUGAAAUAAUUCAGUCUGGCGAUAAAAAUAUUACAAUUUGGCAUGUAAAAAUAAAAGAUUUGAAUACAAUGGAAAUUGUAUGCAAAGAAUAUGAUGCAAUUAUGGUUUGCACAGGAAAUUAUUCUCGACCAAAUAUACCAAUUGUAUCAGGAAUUGAAAAUUUCCCAGGACAAAUUUUACACAGUCACACCUACAGAAAGCCAGAAGAAUUUAUUGGGAAAAAUAUAUUAAUAUUUGGCUCAGCGUUUUCGGCUACAGACAUUGGAGUUGAAUUGUCUACUUAUGCUAAUGUCAUUUAUAUGAGUAAUCGAGGUGAAAGAAUAACAAGUAAACUUCCACCCUCUAUCAUUCAAGUACCGAAUAUUAAAUGUGUGGAGGGAAAUAAAAUUUAUUUCAUCGACGGAAGUUCAGUUAUUGUUGAUGUUUUUAUGUAUUGUACAGGAUAUUUAAUGGAAUUCCCAUUUCUAGAUAAAUCCUGUGCAAUAAGUGUUGAUGAUAAUUUUGUCUAUCCACUUUAUAAACACACGAUUAAUAUAAAUCAACCUACAAUGUGCUUUUUGGGUAUUAAUAGUUACGUGAUAACUUUUCCCAUGUUUCACGUUAAGGCUCUGUUUUUUCUCUACAUGUUAAAAAAGCGAUUUAAAUUGCCCUCAAAGGAAAUUAUGUUAGAAGACGCGAAACUAAAAGGAAACAAAAAAAGACAUGCUCACCGAUUGUUUCUUUCUCAAUAUGAUCUUUUUGAUUCAUUGGCACAUGAAGCUGGAUUUCAACCAAUUCCACAUAUUUUUAGAAAAGCUCUAGACCUCUGGACAAUUGUUCGUGAAGACGACCUAUGGCAUUAUAAAGAUUAUAAAAUAAUUAUAAAUAACGAUGAUUCAGAUGCUGAAAUUGUAUACAGUCCAUAAACUCAAAAAUCAAAAUCAAAUAAAAAAUUCAUUAUCCGAAAAUAAAUAAUGAUUAAAUAA